UUGUCAUGUAUGAUGUUUGAUAACUUUUCGUUGUUAAGAACGGAGCCUUAUUAUUUUUGCCCUGUUAAGGAGAGAUGAUUGUUACCGAUACAACAAAUUUGUAACUGUCAUCGUUUUUACACAUCAUUCUUCAAUGUCUAGAAAUUCAUCAUGGGCUCAACAAACAAAAGAAAACUCCGACUCAGAUACAGAUGCUGGCAGAAAAUUUUUCUGUCAGUUAUUGGACUUCCACUUGCAGUUACAUUGUUCCUGAGUCUUGUAGCCUUCCUCAGAGCUGUUUUCAUACAACCUCAACAAUAUGUGGACAUAUUAGAGCUCCUGAAAGACCAGGCUUCAGAUGCUAUUGACAGGAGUAGCAUGAAGCUUAGGUCUGAACGUCUUGCUGGAGCACUGAGGAUUCCUACUGUGUCAUAUGCAAUUGAUAAACAAGAGAAACAGGCUAUACUCCAGUACCAUGAGUUUAUUAAGACAAAUUUUCCAUUGAUCCAUAGCUCACCACACAUUAAGAGAGAAGUUAUCAACGAGUACAGUUUGUUGUACACUGUGGAAGGCACAAGUAAAGGAAAGCUACCAUAUUUGUUGGCUUCUCAUUUGGAUGUUGUUCCAGCUGAUCCUAGAGCAUGGGAUGUUCCUCCAUUUAGUGGAAAAAUUGUUAACCAAACUUUUGUUUAUGGUAGAGGAGCCAUCGAUGACAAAACAGGUGUAAUGGGAAUUCUGGAAGCUUUGGAGUAUAUGCUUGAAAAGGGACAAAGGACUCGGAGAACCUUUUACAUUGCCUUUGGUCAUGAUGAGGAAAUAUCUGGAAGGCGAGGGGCACAGGAAAUAGCAAAGAUACUCACAGCACGUGGUGUCACUCGAUUAGAUUUUGUAUUGGAUGAAGGCUAUCCACUUACAAAAGGGCUGAUACCAGGCACAGAUAGGCAUGUAGCAAUCAUUGGAGUCUCAGAAAAAGGCUCUGCCACUGUUGAACUCAGUGUAAGGGGAAGUCCAGGGCACUCCAGCUUUCCACCAGCAGAAUCAGCUAUUGGAAUUCUAGCAGCAGCUGUUGCACGUCUAGAAAAAAACCCUCAGCCAGCUCUACUUGGCCAAGGCCCUGAAGCAGCCACAUUCCAGUACCUAGCACCACAUGUUUCGUUUGGUUAUAAAAUUCUGUAUAGUAAUUUAUGGCUCUUUUCGGGACUAAUGGCUCGAGAAUUAGCACUUAAACCUAUUGCAAAUGCAAUUGUUCGCACAACAACAGCCAUCACUGUAUUUCAUGGUGGAAUAAAGGAAAAUGUUGUUCCACCAUCAGCAACAGCUGUCAUCAAUCAUCGAGUACAUCCAGCUCAAAGAGUGGCUGAUGUAAUUUCUUAUGACCGUGAGAUAAUUGAUGAUCCUCGUGUACACAUUCGAGUCAAAACUUCAAGAGAAGCUCAUCCUGUCUCUCCAUUUGACCGUGAUUGCAUUCCCUUUCAGAUGGUAGCUACAAGUAUAAAACAAGUUUUUCACGAUUCCAUUGUUGUACCAGGUGCUUUCAUUGCUAAUACAGAUACUCGCUGGUACCUGGAUCUUACAUCAAAUCUCUACAGAUUUCUACCAACAAUUGUAACACCAGCGGAUAUUACUCGGUACCAUGGAAAUAAUGAACGGAUUUCCAUAGACAGUUACCAUCAAGCAAUUAAUUUUUAUUACAGAAUAAUUAAGAAUGCAGAUCUACUUAUAAAUGUAGUUCCAGCAUCAGUCAUCAGCAAUGAAGAGAAAGAGUUAUAAGUUUACAGAUAAAUGUCAUGUCACAGCACAUUUUGUAGUGUUCAUUUUUCUUAGCAUGAAAGUUGUGGACUACAAUUAUAGGAUUUACUUAUAUUGAUCUCAUAUCAAAAGUGUCUAUUAUUUUGCUGUUUAACUUCCUUAGACAGAACUCUAUUAGACAAAUAUAUGUGACCAGUAGAAAUCAGUCAAAUCUGGAUAUAUUAGACAUGUAAAAUAUGUCAUCUGUCCAUCCAGUAAUGUUUCAGCAAUAGUUAUUCCACUUUACAAGACUUUGACAGACUCUCCUUGUAACAAAUAAUGUCAUGAUGCUGAGCAAAAACAAUUUCUGUUCAGAACCCUUGAAACUAUUACCCCAUAAUAUAUACAUUCGUAGCACACAACAAAUAAAAGGGCAAUAUGUAUUUCUCAUCUGCAACAGCUGCAGGGCCUUAAAGCAUCCAAGAAUUUACAAUAAUUGCUAAGAUGACUGUAGUAAUAGACUGCUGUACACUAUUUAUCUUGACACAAAGAUGGAAAGCACAUAUCUGCAAGUUUUAAAUUUUAAGACAAACUAUAAAAAUGUUAGACCAUUUAGUGUUUAAUUCUGGGAUUUGGUGUGAUAUUUCUUACUUGGCUGUGUUGUUGCUUAAUAUAAGCUAUAAUGGAAAGGUGCAAUCCAUUUACAUCAAGACAUAGAAAACUAUUUUAGAUUUUCUUCUUCUUUCAUUUGGCUUUUUGCUAACAGUAAGGAGGUUCUUAUGUAGACUAAACUCUCUUUAAAAUGCUUUACAUAUGAAGUGGAACUGGCUAUAAUUAUUUCAUACAUGUUACUAAGUGUAUUAGUAAUGUUGCAUGCAGCGAUUUUUAAAUCUAUAGUGAAUAUUUGUUUCAUUGACUAUUUUCAUGACAUAAAUACACAGUGAAUUUCCUGUUUAUUCAUCUUUAUAUUGAAUCAGACAUGUAUUGUGCACUCACUCAAUAUACAGUUGGUACUGGAUGCAAGACUGUUGUAUAUCAAGUCCAGCAUCUCCUAUAUUAUGUUACUCGAUGCAUUAUUCAGAAAGCACUUUCACAUGCAGGGCACAAACAACGUCUGUUACUACUUGCCUUAUAUUAGUGGUGGGGAGGUCUGCAGUUCAUUUAUUUUCAUUACUUAUCUUUAUAUUUUAUCAAUGCUUUUUACUUCAGACUUUACACUGAAGUACUUUAAAAAUGGGACACUGUACAUAUUACUUAUUAAGUUAAAACCCAUACCUGAGAAUUCAUUUUGAAUUCACUAAAUUUGCAGUAUAAUAAAAUUAUUGGUAAAUCCUAUCAGAAUAGCUUUGAAAUGGAACCAUGGCAUUUUGGUGCUCUUUUGAAGACACAAGUUGAAAAAGAAUAAUUAUAGAAGGCACUUAAAUUUGUUCUGAGGUUGUUUUAGUUCAUCCAUUCUCUCCCUUUAGUUAUAGACCAUUUUAAGCAUCACCAUAACAUUUCAGUUGCAUAAACAAAGAUGCAGACUUAUUUUUAAUAAGAUUUGUUGUGCUGUAGCAGUUAUCAAACAAAUUUAAUAGGAAAAUGUAUAAAGACAUACAAGGAAACUAUUUUUAUAUACUUCCAUCCAUGACUGUUAAUGUUUUAGAGUAAUUUCUCAUAUUAUAUCUGUGCUAUGUGCAAUGACACCAAUUUCACUCCUUCUCACACUUUAUAUUCAGUGCUCAAUGACACUAUGUGUGACAAUCUUUUCUUAUAUUUCAUUGGUCACCUGUUUCUAAUUACCACACUGUUGAUGGGACAUUAAACUCUUAUCUUCCUUUCUUUCAUUUCCACUGGUCAACUGGUUCUUGUACCAUGACUUGACUGUACAUUUAACUAUGGCUUUCCCUCAUUUUAUGCCAGCUUAUAUAGUUUCAUGCUCCAGUGCUGCUUUCUACCUCAGGCACAAUUACAUUUAAGGAAGCUAUUUUCACUGCUUUCUAUUUUCACUCCUUCCUGUUUUUAGUGGUUCACAAGUUUGCUUCAGGAUCUCUGAACUAUUGCCAAAAAUAUCAUAACAAGGGAGGGAGGGGGUGGGGGGUGGGGGGAGGAGGUAUCUUUUGCUACAAACUGAAUGUGUGUUACAGAGAUUUGGUUCUCAGUUUGACCCAUUUAUGUAGCAACUGCCUGAAGCAUAACUGGGAGUGUUCGAUAUUUUCUCUAACAUAAUGUACAGAACUUUCUAAAAUCUUUUUCUUAGCUUUUUUAGCUGUAGGUCAGCCUAAUUAUUGCAGAAUAUAUUGUAUGAAAUAGGUAUUGCCUAUACAUGGACCUUUAUUGGUGCUAUAGUCAAAGCAAUAUUAAGGGUGCUAAUAACCAUGACACUGAGUGCUCUAAACCUAAGACCAACCAACUAAAGCGGCAUCCAUCAGCGCAUCCUGCAUCUUUCAUGUUUAUUUCAUGUUUAAUAUAGCUGUGGUCAAUUUAUGGAAACGGGGAGUAAAUCAGUUGCAACCAAAAUCUGCUUCUUCUUUUGCAAAUAAUGUAGUCAUAGUGCUACUAUCCAAAAUCAGAUGUAUCUUUUGAGCUCCUUGUGGCAUUAAAACAUUGACAGACAGGUACCUGAGGAUCAGAGGAAGUGGGCACAUUUCAGAAGUAUGACUCUUUUACCUAUUUGGGGAUAGUUUCUUGUAAUACAUGUUAACUAUAACGCUUUUUAAGUGACUCCGUGCACAUUAGAAUUAAACUUUAUUUAUACACAUUUAUUUCUAAUCAUCAUUUCUUUACCAUGAAAUAGUAUCAAUACCCAAAAUAUAUUGUGCAUGAACAUUUUUCCAUUUUGUGCUCUUUUAAUACAAAGAUUUUUUGAACAUCUAUUUCACAUCAUUAUGAGGAGGAAAUUGAGCAUAAAGCUUAUUCAUAGCACAAUGUGCCAACAUUCUGAAUAAUACCUCUAAGAGAAUUCAGUGUCUUUAUCAUACGAGCCAAAUAAAUUUAGCCAUUUCCUAUCAGCUGUUCAAAAAUCAUUUCACACAUAUCUAAGAAUUUCUUUUACCUACUGAAAGAGCUAGCUUGAAAUGUGUUGACCCAACAUUGGCAAAAUAUGAUUUUAACUCUCAAAGUUGUUUUGUGUAUUUUGCCCAUUUAACAAAGACAGUUCUGUCUGAGCCACCCUUGUGACACCAUUAAUGUUUAGUAGUUAGGUAGCAUACUUGUGUUUUACAAUAUUUAUGAAUUGCCCUUCUUAUGGCUGAGUACAUAAUUUGUGAUAAUGAUGUGAACAAAUGUUAUGGUUGUGGUGUGCUUUAUUCAGUACAUGACUUUUGUUUAAACUGUCAAAUUUAUUUUAGACCUAUCAUCAUCCAGCAAUGGAUGUAUGUGUAUAUUUUUUAAUCUGUAAGAUGCAUGUGCAAUGCAUGCAUCCUAUUGGUAUCUGCUUUAUUUGUAUCAAUUUUAAAAUAGUCAGUCUAAAAAAGUAUUUGUAUUUCUUCAGCAAAGUUAAUGUUGUUAAUGUGAUGUUAACAGCAUGGAAUAGCUGUGAUAAAAUAAAAUAGCUAUAAUUUUUCAUGAAUCAGCAAAAAUGUUGAUAAAUUGCCUUAUUUAUUUUUAUGGAUGUUAUGUGUAGCAAUGUGAUUGUGUGUGCAAAUUAAAUAUAUCUGUAUAUACAAAACAAGAUUUCUCAGUAUUUUGUUAUUGUCAGCACUUAAUAAGCAAACAUUUUUAAUCUUUUCAUUAAAUUUGUACGUGAAUACUCAAAGAACAUUUUGGCUCUAUCCUUUCUUCUGUAUAUCAAUGAUAUUUCAAAGUGAAUUCUGAGGUUCCAUUGUUUUUGGAUAAUGUGAUAUUAUACACAAGCUACAUUUGUUAUGUUCUGCCUGACACAAAAUAAAUACAUGAAAAACUUCA